CAAAUACUCCGUAACAGUAAUAACAUACGGAGUAUCAAUCUUUUUUUUUUUUACCACAAAUUGGUAAAACACAAGUCAUGUCUGCCGCCAGACAGAUUAUGCGUGCGGUGCAGUUUGAUAGCUAUGGGGGAGGAGCCUCAGCUUUGAAGCAUGUUGAAAUUCCUGUCCCUACUCCUAAGAAUGGUCAAAUCUUGAUUAAGUUGGAGGCGGCAAGUAUAAAUCCGGUUGAUUGGAAAGUUCAAUCUGGUGCAUUGCGUCCGAUCCUUCCUAGCAAAUUUCCUCAUAUUCCAGUUAGUGACAUAGCAGGAGAAGUACUAGAGAUUGGUUCAGGUGUUCAAAGGUUCAAAGUUGGCGACAAAGUUGUGGCUACUCUCAGCAUGAGUGAUGGAGGUGGAAUGGCAGAGUAUGCGGUGGCCAAGGAGAGCUUGACAGCAAUAAGACUGCCCGGAGUUUCUGCCCAGGAAGCCGCUGCCCUUCCCAUUGCCGGUCUGACAGCACACCAUGCGUUGACCAAGCACGCCGGGGUCAAACUCGACGGGAGCGGUCCCCGGAAGAGCAUUCUCGUGACAGCUGCCUCCGGUGGGGUGGGCCACUACGCCGUCCAGCUGGCAAAGCUGGGGAACACACACGUCACUGCCACGUGUGGGGCCCGCAACAUCGACUUCGUUAGGAGUUUAGGGGCGGACGAGGUCCUUGACUAUAGGACCCCGGAGGGGGCAGCCCUCCGUGGCCCGUCGGGAAAUAAGUACGAUGCGGUGGUUAACGGCACGGCGGGGAUUUCAUGGUGUACUUUUGAGCGAGUUUUGAGCAAGGACGGGGUGGUGAUUGAUCUAGCUCCGACCCCAAGAGGAUUAUUGACCUUUGCCGUCCAGAAGAUCACUUUCUCAAAGAAGCGGUUGGUUCCAUUUAUGCUUUCCGCAAAAGCCGAGAACUUGGAAUACCUUGUAAGGCUGGUGAAGGAGGGGAAGCUUAAGAGUGUGAUAGACUCGAAGUACACCCUCAGCAAUGCGAGGGAUGCUUGGUCUAAGAGCAUGGAAGGGCAUGCUGUGGGGAAGAUCAUUGUGGAACCAUAGUAAUGUAGCUCAAUAUUUAGCAGUUCUAUCUUUGUCUCAUUUUACUUUUUUCGUUUGUCCCACUAAUCUCUUAUAUCAUACAUAUUCCGUAAUAUUUAGAUGAUUGUUGUUCAUUCUACUUUAUUAGUUUAUUUACAUUUCAUCAAUUCAAUAGUUCAUUGUUCAUUUUUUUAAUAAC